CCGUUCCCGGUCCGUCCCCCCCUCGCUACCGGCACCUGCUGCGGCCAUGGGCGCGCUGAGCCGGGCGGCGCUGGCGCUCGCUGCGCUGCUGGGGGUCUCCUCGGCGGUGCUGGAGGUCCACGUGGGCACGGACUCGGUGCUGUCGGUGGAGGGGCAGCAGGUGGUGCUGCCCGCCUGGUACACCAGCCGCUCCCAGAAGAAGCCCUACGUCACCUGGCUGCUGAACAAGGACAAUGCUGACCCCUUCCAGAUCCUGAGCUACCUGGACGGGAUGGUGAAGGUGGAGGAGACGGAGCUGCGGCCCCGCGUGGGGUUCCUGUACCCGGUGGUCACGCACAACAUCUCGGUGCUGAUCAACGGCUCUCGGGAGCGCGACUCCGGCAGGUACAUGGUCACCGUCAACGUGGCGGACGAGGCGGCCGGCGUCGGCAUCAUCCGGCUCAACGUGCAGGUGCCCCCGGCCGCCCCCAGCUGCCAGCUGCACGGGGACCCCGCCGUGGGGGCCAACGUCACCCUGAGCUGCGCCUCCUCGAAGGGGAAGCCCUCUCCCAGCUACCAGUGGCAGCGCACAGCUCCCAACCUGCAGUUCUACUUCCCACCGGCCCAGGACCAUGCCAGGGGCACCCUCAAGCUGACCAACCUGUCCCUGGAGAUGUCAGGAGUCUACCUCUGUGUGGCUGAGAACCGAGCGGGUUCGGCCAACUGCAGCAUCGCCCUGGAGGUGCACUCCGCCAGCACCAAGGCUGUGAUCGCGGGCGCCGUGCUGGGCUCGCUCGGGGCUCUGGCCGUCGUUGCCUUCUUCACCCAGUGGCUCAUCGGCUACCGCAGGAGCAAACGCUACAGCCAGGAGGAGGCAGCCAACGAGAUCAAGGAAGACGCCGUGGCCCCCAAAACGCCGUCGUGGGCGCGGAGAGCAGCCUCGGACACCAUCUCCAAGACCAGCACCUUGUCCUCCCUGGGCGGCGCCCGCGACCGGCCCUACGGCCCCAGCCCCCCCUCCGACACCGCCUCCGUCCUCACCGCCGCCACCAGCUACCGGGGAGCCCCGCCCCGGCCGGGGGGGCGAGCCCCAAACUUCUCCCCCCCGGCCUCCAACGGGACCGCCCCCCGCCGGGACCCUCCCCCCGGCCCGGCCUCGCUGCCCCCCUCCAGCUUGGCACGGUCGGGAGCCGUCCCUGUCAUGGUGCCAGCGCAGAGCCGAGCCGGCUCCUUGGUGUGACCCCCCCGAAAAAGGGGUGCAACCCACUCCCCCCAUUUU